CACGCGGUGAAUGGUUUGCAGAUGAAAGUCAUCGGACCCAAAGAUUAGCCACAUUUCGAUGCCUUUUCGAUUUAAAAAUUAUUACAGUAUUUUAUCAAACCAUAGAGAACUUAUUGUCUAACGUUCGUCUAAUGCUAAUUGAAAAUACAUUUAUGUUGGUUGAUUUCUCGCAAUGCAGGUGGAAUUGGACUUCUCAUUCCGUCUUGCUAGCUAGCUACUACUGGCUAGCAAUACAGGUGCAAAUUGGUGUUGUAAUUAAUUAGCAUGCGAAUGACUAGUCAUAUUUUCAAUAAAACCAAAGACGAGGAUUGUUGUGGCGAAAGAAUCACGUACAAAAACUGCAUAUUUAAUCAAACCGCUCUGGAAAAUCAAGUUGCCAGCAAUCUGCAUUAUUUUUUUCUCUCCAAAAACUGAAAAACGGGUUUGCUAACGUUACUAGCUAACUGUAGUAGCAGCCAACUAAUAAUUGGAUCAAUUGGACAAUAACUCGAUUAUCCAGACCAGAGGCGUCCUGGUUAAGACAGGUUUGACUUCAACCACCUGCUUACAUUUAUUAAUGGUAAUAGCUAAAUCAAGAUAAUUCAAGUUCAACCAACCAUGAGGGGGAACAUGAAGGCUGUGAGCCAGCAGCAAGCCAGGCAGCUCUUACACAACAAGUUUGUUGUCGUCCUGGGGGACUCGAUUCAGCGCUCAGUGUAUAAGGACAUUGUGCUUCUGCUGCAAAAGGACAAAUAUCUCAGCUUGGCUCAGCUCAAGACUAAGCUUUGCUUUCAAUGUGUCCUAAAAAAAACAAAAUACAGAUCCAUGAUUGAUUUAAUAAUACCAGGACUAAAGUGGCUUCUAGCUUCUUCCCCCUCCCAAUCUACCCCCUCUCCCCCUCCUCACCAGGGAGAGAUGAGCUUCGAGCAGGACAUCCUGGUGGAGGGCGGACGGCUGGGUCAAAUGACCAAUGGGACGGAAUACCGUGAGGUCCGUCAGUUCCGCUCAGACCACCACCUGGUGCGGUUCUACUUCCUGACGAGGAUCUACUCGCGCUACAUGCAGAGUAUCCUGAGGGACUUCGAAGACGGUCUCAAACCAGACGUCGUCAUCGUUAACUCCUGUCUCUGGGACGUCUCCAGGUAUAACCCUAAAUGGCAUGUUGAGUACCAGGAGAACCUUCAUAAGCUCUUUGACAAGAUGAACUCCAUCCUGCCUCCUGAAUGUCUGGUCAUGUGGAACAUGACCAUGCCCCUGGGGAAGAGGAUCGUAGGGGGCUUCUUCGUUCCUGAGAUAGAGCACAGGGGCCCAACGCUGUGCUACGACGUGAUCCAGGCCAACUUCUACAGCAGCAAGAUGGCCGUCGCCUACGGCCUUGACGUCCUGGACCUCCACUUCCAGUUCCGCUUCUCGCUUGAGCACCGCAUGAAGGAUGGGGUCCACUGGAACUCUGUGGCCCACCGACGUAUCACCACCUUACUGCUGCAACAUGCUGCAGAGGCCUGGGGAGUGGUGCUGCACUGUCCUGCCACUACUGUUGGGCACAUUGAUCAUUCAGAGCAGCAGCAGCAGCUCAAAGCCUACACAAAAACCAUGACCAAGAACACAGUUUGUGUUAUUCCCUCAUUGCUAGACACCUGGCACUAUCCACCAGAGCCUCAUUUCAGGAGACCAGACCCCAGGAUGAUGAACCCAGGUCACUGCAGUGUUGCCUGGGCAACAGAGGGGUUUGGACACUAUGACGGAUACGAGCCUCAGGCAAACUAUUUCACUCCCAAUUCAGCAGCUCUAGGAUGGCAUCCUGCUGAGGACUCAGGCCUUGAGCCCUACAGGCCAGCUUCAGAUGAACCCUACAGGCCAGCUUCGGAUGAACCCUACAGGCCUCUGGAAGGGAAAUACAGCAGCUGCGGAGAACAGUUCUACGGGGACGACCUCCCUGUCCACCCCAAGUUCGGCGCUGGCUACUUCAGCUUCAAGGAGAACCAAGCCAACAGACCAAGCCUGGUCAACAGACAGCCGACUGCCCCGGUGCAUCACAGACACACCCAAGUGGUCUACAGACAUCCCCCAGUCAACAGACACUCACUGGACAACGGAUGUAGGGAAAAUAACGGGAUGGUCCGGAACACUACUGGACACUACAGGCCGGUGCAGCAUAAUAAGGCCUACCACCCCAGACCCUCCGUCCCUCUCCGUCCUGAGAACCAGUAUGUGAUGAGGAAGAAACAACCGAAGAAGCACUACGCCCCGUACACAUGCCAGAGAUACUGACUGGAAAGCUCUUGUACUUUAGUUCGGGGUAGCCCUUAUACAGGCUGUGCAAACUAGGACAGAGCUUUUCCUGGACCAUGUGACCAGGAGAAACUCCGGGCCCUGUAUAUAGUGUUCAAACUAAUGGUACUUGCUCAUCUCAUCACGUGAUUAUGUAUGGGCAGCGCUUAAAGGUAUUUCAUAAUUCUGUAACUUGCUUGUGUAUCCCAAACAUGGGUGGUGCCUCAAACUACAGUUCUAGAGGGCUGUGUAUUGUCUUCUGCUCAAGAAAUCACAGUUUUCUUUUUAAAUUGUUUAUUUUUACUGUUGAGGCUUUUUAAGUUGAAAAGCUGUGGCAUUAUAUUCUGUCAGUCUAUAUCUUAGUAUUUUCUUGCCAUGGUGGGGGUUGGUUGUAUGUUUAGGCAUACUGGGAAAAUUUUACAAUAAAAUUGCACUGAUUUAGUUCCCA